ACACACAUCCUCCUGUCUGCUUCAAGGGCCUAAUUGUACCAUAUGUCGAAUCCACUGAAUAAUACAAAGGCCCCCCAUGCUGGAGUGCAAUGGCAUGAUCUCGGCUCACUGCAACCUUUGCCUCCCAGGUUCAAGCGAUACUCCUGCCUCAAGCCUCCCAAGUAGCCGGGAUUACAGAUUGGUAUUACCACGUCCCGGUGAAGCGCUCUGAGAAGGCCGUGGAUGCCCCGCCAGCAUCCCAGAUCCCAGGUCUCAGCAAUUUGGGAGACUCACCCAGCGGGAAGUUGCCUGGGACUCGGAGACACUGGAUAAAAGAAACAGAUUCUGAAUACGUGAAGCUCGCGAAACAAGGCGGCAGGCCCGAGUUUCGCUCUUGUUACACAGGCUGGGGUGCAAUGGCGUGAUCUCGGCUCACUGCAACCUCCACCUCCACCUCCUGGCUUCAAGUGAUUCUCCUACCUCAGCCUCCGGGAUUACAGGCACGCGCCACCAUGCCCAGCUAAUUUUUGUAUUUUUAGUAGAGACGGGGUUUCACCAUGUUGACCAGGAUGGUCUCGAUCAGUUGACCUCAUGAUCCACCUGCCUCAGCCUCCCAAAGUGCUGGGAUUAUAGGCGUGAGCCACCGCACCCAGCCAAGUCCAAAACAUUUAACAAUGAAAAGUGUUUUAAUAGUAAAAAAAAAAAAAAGGAAAGUUAAAAUUUUCUCAACAACAACAAAAAGGUCAGGUUUUGUUGUUGUUGAGAAAACAACAGGUGGCUCACACCUAUAAUCCCAGCACUUUGGGAGGCUGAGGCAGGUGGAUCACCUGAGGUCAGGAGUUCGAGACCAGCCUGACCACCAUGGAGAAACUCCAUCUCUACCAAAAAUAAAAAAUUAACUGGGUGUGGUGGCAUGUACCUGUAAUCCCAGAUACUUGGGAGGCUGAGGCAGGAGAAUCACUUGCAUCCGGGAGGCAGAGGUUGCAGGGAGGUUAAGGUUGCAGUGAGCUGAGAUCAUGCCAUUGCACUCCAGCCUUGGCAACAAGAGUGGAACUCCGUCUCAAAAAAAAAAAAAGUCUUACUGAUGGUAAUAGGUCAACCAAAGUUGCCUGCUGCUGCCACGGGCACUGUUAUCAUUUUGCUAUCCUUAUUAUCAGGAAAAUCAGUUCUUCCCACUCCCUGCCUUUUGACACCAGGGGAGGGAAGUCUGGGGAGCUAGAAAGUAAGUGGGUGAGUCAGGAGCUGGCCUGGGCCUCUGGGAAGAGCCUGUGUUCUCUGUGCUUCUCAGGGUUGGCUCCAAGGUGACUGAAAUCUUCCAGGUACCUUUCAGGGGCUUGUAUCCUACUUCCCGUCUGGAAACCCGGAGGGGAUGGCUUCUCCUGGAAAUGGGAGGGGUGGGGUUAGGGACAGUUCCACAGUGGCAAAGGACAGUCAGACUGUCCUAUGCUUGGAGAAUGGUGUAGUGGUAGCUGAUGAUGAGGGAGCCAGCAUGUGCAGCCCCUGGAGACCUGAGCUGUGGAGGGAUGGGCCGCCUCCAGGAACUGGUCUUUGUCCAGAUCUGCAAAGAGUGAGAUGGUGGGAAGGCAUAUAGGACGCCCCUGCCUGAGCACAAAGCAGGACAUCCACCCAUCAGCCUGUGCAGAGACAGAUUUGUUGAAGCACUUUGCCCCUGGGACCAGGAAAGGCUCCCCGGUGGCCUACUCCCUGCCAGACUGGUAUAUCCACCACAGCAAGCCACCGACAGCCAGCCAGCAAGAAGUCCCAGUCAUCUCCAUGCCGGAUUACAUGGUUCAUGAGGAAUUUAACCCCGAUCCCUCCAACAGUAACUAUGCAUCCAGAAGAGGGCCCUUCGACUUCGACAUGAAAACAUUUUGGCAAAGAGAGGCUGAGGAACUUGAAAAGGAGAAAAAAAAGCUGAGGCUACCAGCCAUUAAUUCAAAGUAUCUGAGCAAAGCAGGCACCCCACUUGGCCCUAAGGACCGCACAGGAAGCAGACUCUCCUUUCCCCCCAUGCCUGGUCAAAAAAAGAGUUCACCAACCAAUUUUUCCAAACUCAUUAGCAAUGGUUAUAAGAAUGAGUGGCUGCAGCAGCAGCGAGCUGACACAGACCAGAGGACCCCGAAGACUGGGGCAUCAUUGUCAUCUCAGUCCCCACGAGAUCUGGAAGGUUCCCAGGAUGCAGCAAGGCUCCAGGAUGCAGAAGGCCCUGAGGAUGCCCCAGAAUCUUCUCAAAGCCCAGAAGAAUCUAUAUCUGCAUCAACACCAGCAGAGCUCAAAUAAAUCCUGAUGCAAUACAUAUUUAGGAUAAUUUUUUAAAUGGCUAAAAAUGACAUGACUAUAUUAUAGCUAUGUUUCUAAGGCUCUUGUUAUAUUUUAUUAAUAUAGACUCUCAUGGGAUAAUUUACCUUGCAGCAGAUUUGACAUUGCUGCAUAGGUGGGGCAGGUGGUGUUUUUUAUUUCUCUGGGAUGUUAAAUAUAUGGCUAAGCAAGGCCUCUGUUACCCUCUGCCCUGCUGGCCUGGUGAUGUCCCAGUGUCUCAGAACCAAUCACUUGCUCCCUGUCAUCAACUAACAUAACCUCCUACUUCGUGAACCACUCUUAGCGGGCUUUGCUACUGGGUUCUUAACUAGAGGAAACUUACAUAACAGGCGUUACGCCUUUUCCAUUAUUGGGUAUCAUAAUCUUUAUAGAAAUCAUUUUCCAGUUACGAAAAAAUGUAAUUCCAGAAUAUGGUGAUAUAAUGUCAAAAAAAUUUAAUUUAUUAUGCCAUGAAUUUAUAUAAACAUUUAAUAUAAAACAUUGUAACAUUUGUUAUUUUGAAAUUUUUGCUAUUUUUUCAUAAAUUGAUAUUCAAAAUAUUAUACAUUUAUUAUUUUGUAUAAACCUCUAAGUAAAAAUAUGUUGUUUUAAUAUUGCAUUUAGUAGGCUUAACAAAAACUUUUUAAUAGUCAAACUUAAUUACCUUGUUUUAUAAAUUCUAAAUUGUUUAUAUUUAAGCAAUUAGCUUAAAAUGUAGUUCUAUGUUUUAUACAUUUAACUGAUUAAUAAAAUAAUAAUUUUAUGUGAGAAGAUUUUCAAAAAGCCAAAUAAAGCCACAGAUAUUUUAGCUUCUUUCCCAGAAUAAACUUAUCAUGCAUUUGCUUACCUAAAAUUUGAGUUCCAAAUUAGUUCUUUAUAUGAGAUACUUAAUUCAGCAUAUAUAUCUAUAUUCGUUGAUCAAACUGAUAUGCUACCAGAGAAUGUAUGCCAAGGAUAUUGCAAAUGGCUGUAUGCAUUGAAUAAAAAUAAUAUACCAUUA